AUGUCUGUUAUUGAGAUUGGAGGAUUUGGUAAGGUAUAUAAGGGGUUCAUCGAUAACGGUGCUACAGUUGUUGCCAUAAAGAGGUUGAAAGCAAAGUCCAAUCAAGGUGCAGAGGAGUUUUGGAAUGGGGUCAAGAUGUUGUCUAACCUCCGACACACUCAUCCUGUUGCUCUGAUCGGUCAAUGCAACGACUGCCAAGAAAUGAUCCUUGUUUACGAAUAUAUGGCUCGUGGGACCCUAGCCGAUCAUCUCUAUAAAACAAGUAGAAACCAAACUGAAAUUAGUACUUUUCAUCUCACAUGGGAGCGGAGGCUCAACAUUUGCAUCGGUGCAGCACGAGGGUUAGACUACCUUCAUAUUCGUACCGAUCAAAGUUUCAUACACCGAAAUGUGAAGACCACAAACAUUCUGUUGGAUGUGAAUUGGGUAGCCAAGAUUUCAGAUUUUGGGAUGUCCAAAAGCACUACAAGCAAUUCAGCAACCCAUGUUAGUACGAGAGUCAAAGGUACAUUUGGGUAUUUAGAUCCAGAUUAUUUCUAUACCCACAGACUAACCAAGAAAUCUGAUGUGUAUGCCUUUGGUGUGGUGUUCUUGGAAGUGCUCUGUGGGAGGCCGCCUGUGGAUGAAAGACUCGAGGAGGACGAAAUUAGUUUAACCCUUUGGGCUCAACAAUGCAUUAAAAAGGGAAAUGUUGAUCGAAUCAUUGAUCCCUCAUUGAGUGGACAAAUAACACCACAGAGUCUAAAGUACUUUGUAGAAGUUGCCUACAAUUGUUUACAUAAUCGUCCAAAGGAAAGGCCUACAAUGGCUGAAGUGGUGGGGACUCUUGAUCUCGCAUUGGUGUCACAACAUAAAGGAAGAACAGAAGGAAUAAUUGGAAAGGUAUUUAAGGGUAUUGCAAUUAUGUCAAAAGGUAUGAAUCAUUGGUGGAGGGAGAGAAAGGAAGACAGUUCUCAGAGUGGACUGUCAGAGGAUUUGUUUUGGGAACCACUUCCAGAUGGUUUUACCUGAUCACACCGUCAUUUCUCACUUGAUGAGAUUCGAGUGGCUACAAAUGAUUUCAAUGAGGGACUUUUGAUCGGAAAUGAUAUGUUUAAGAAUGUGUACAAAGGUUGCGUGG